AUGAGUAUUUCACCCAUACAAAUGAUAGACCCGAGAAGAACGAAGGAGGGGAAAGAAGUCAUCUCCUGGUGCGACAGGUAUGACCAACACAUGCGACUAUUCCUAGGCCACUCAACGAGAUGGGGACGCAGCAGCGACGAGACCGGCAGACCAGAUGUGCUCGACACCAAGAUCGACAAGUUCUGCGAACUUACCGAGGUCCUGGGACAGCAAUGCGAUCUCUACAACAAGAAACUCACCCCCAAGAAGAAAUCGGACGGAAGACCUGAUCAUGACGCAUAUCACUUAGACCACCACGAGUGGGUCUUUUCCCGCAACAUCAUCAAGGCAUUCCGCCUGCUACCAAAGAAGAUGCAGAGCAAUAUCGAAAUGACGUUUGGGCCGCUUCAUUCGCUGGUGGACCCUCCAGAGGCCUACCGGGGCAAGGGCCAGGCUCAGAUGGACAUGCGUCGAGUGCUGGGUAUCAUGCUGGCCAACCCCACACAGCCUGCUCGGGACGUCAUAGUCAACAUGACAGGCGCGCAGGCCAGCUUGGUGCUGAGGUGUGCUGAUUAUUCCUUCAGCCGGCUCCUCAACCGGAUGCUCGAGGUCAACUUGAUCAAGCAGAUGGAGGCGCCCAAUGCCGACAGCAGGAAUUGGAGGGCAUACUACUACGCCCUCAUGAACUACCGGGGACUGUGGAGGAGCUGGAAACCAUCAUCGCUCGGCCGCUCCUCUUUCCAGGGAAUGGGCGUGAAGCAGGGACGGAUGAGUCGCAACCUCGGUGCAUGGAGCGACUUGAGGCCGGGUAUGCUUGUCCGCGAGCUCAGCCCUGACAGCCAAUUCGUCCAUGAUGACAUGGACAAGAGAGGGAACAAGCCUGAGAUGGACGAAAUCUGCAAAGCAGUCCACGACUUCGCGGUAGCUGGAGGCACUCCUCACAUCGAUCACCUUGUGAACGAUAUAUGGGACUGGGUGACAGCUCCAGACUAUGCUUUUUCAGCCCGGCCUGGGGACUCGCUCCUCGGCGCGAUGCAGCUCCCAGAAUCGCUGCAGCGCAAUCCAACGAUCAAGCCCCUAGGUCCAGACGACCUUGAAGCCGUGUUUGGCCCAGCAAUUGGAGAUCUGGCAACGGUCCUGAGCUACUUUCAGCUCGCUCUGUGGGUGUCGACUGGCAUGGCAGCCAGAUCAUAG